UCAGAGCUGCUGCAGGUUUGACUCGAGAGCUGUCUCUGCCUACAGUCCUCAAACACAGCACUGCAGCGCCUGUUCAUGUCACUGAUGGAUUAACCCGGAGCUCUGGUGCUAUUCACAAACAGGCUGAGCAGCUGGACCGAACAAUGACCAUGCGGUGGCUCCUGAAGGUUUUGAUCCUUACUCUGGCCCUGUCGAGCCCAACCAGAUGCCAGAACAGAAGGAGGAAAGGACAGAGAGAUGAUAACCAGGUCAUCAUCAGUGAGGCCAAAACCCUCAUCUGCCCAGUGGAGAUCAUGUUCAUCGUGGACAGCUCAGAAAAAGCCAAAUCUCUGCUGUUUGAGCGUCAGAAGGACUUCAUCCUGCGCUUCAGCACCAAGCUCAUGAAGCUCCACUCGGCCGGCUGGCGUCUGCGUCUGCGCCUGGCCGCUCUGCAGUACAGCAGCACUGUGUCAGUGGAGCACAACUUCAGAGACUGGCAGGACCUGGACGUCUUCCAGAGCCGGGUGGCCUCCAUGACCUUCAUUGGCCACGGCACCUACUCCGCCUACGCCAUCACCAACGCUACCCAGAUUUUUGGCCGAGAGACGUCCUCCAACAGUCUGAGGGUGGCACUGUUGAUGACAGAUGGGACGGACCACCCGCGCAGCCCCAGCGCUGUGACGGCUGCUGCUGAGGCCAAACAGCAGAACAUCAGGAUGUUCACCAUCAGGCUGUCGGAGGUGCCUAGGGACGGUCCCAUGAAUACAAAACUGAGAUCCAUUGCCAGCGCCCCCCCACAGCAGCACGUCCUCAGCCUUGCCGACAGCCAGCUGGAUGACAGACUCUUCAAUGAACUGAACACAAUUGUCAGAACUGGGUGCCCACAGCCAAAGACCUGUCUGUGUGAGAGGGGGGAGAGGGGUCACCCUGGCAGCCCGGGGAAACCAGGCGAGCCAGGGUCUGAUGGAGCUCCAGGUCCAAAGGGAUCUCGCGGGGAACCUGGCAUUAAUGGACGUCCAGGGAUGGAGGGCCUUGAGGGUCGACCUGGCAGCAAAGGGGAGAAGGGAGAACUGGGUGAAUGUGGUGUCCCCGGUAAAAAGGGAGAACAAGGUGCAGCUGGACCUCCUGGCCCCAGAGGAACCAGAGGAGAGCAGGGAUCCAGGGGAGUAUCUGGAGACCAGGGUCCAGAGGGGACACCUGGAUCUAAAGGUGACCGAGGUCUGAGGGGUGCACCUGGACCUCCAGGAGAUAACGGCAUUGGGUUCCCUGGUCCCAAGGGUGACAAGGGGAACCAGGGAAGACCAGGCCCCCCUGGACCGAUGGGUAUGGGUGAACCAGGGACACUGGGCCCAGCAGGGCCACCAGGGAUGCAAGGAUCACCAGGGUCUCCAGGUGAGGGUCUGCCAGGGCCCAAGGGCGACAGAGGGUACGAGGGUCCCAAGGGGAGCCGUGGACCUCCAGGAGUUGGGUACAAAGGUGAUAAGGGGAACACAGGGGCCCCGGGGCUGCCGGGCUUGGUGGGGUUUCCAGGGGCAGGCGUGCAAGGAGAAAAGGGGGACCAAGGUCCAACUGGGCCCUCUGGACCCAGAGGACCUCCUGGCCUGGGUAUAGUUGGACAAAAGGGUGACCAGGGUUUCCCCGGAGAGCCUGGACCUCAGGGCGAGAGGGGUGUUGGUGAGCCAGGACCAAAGGGGGAGCCAGGGCCUGAUGGAGCUGCUGGGAUACCUGGGAUUCCUGGCGAGGAUGGAGCUGUUGGGCCUAAGGGAGAGAUGGGAUUGCCAGGUCUGCGAGGCCUAGAGGGAGCACCGGGGAAAGGCAUUCCUGGAGAAAAGGGCGAUAGAGGCGACCGUGGACCAAGGGGACUAUCAGGAUCUCCUGGCCCUGUUGGACCUGCUGGAGCGAAGGGAGAGCCUGGGAGUCAAGGAAUGAUGGGCCUACCUGGACCUGCUGGGCGUGGCUUACCAGGGUCAAAGGGAGAUCCUGGGCCUGUGGGAACAUCUGGACCUGUUGGAGAACCUGGAGUAGGAAUCAUCGGGCCGAAGGGUAACAAAGGAAACACUGGACCUGUUGGACCACCAGGAAUGAAGGGAGAGGGCAUCCCAGGACCACAGGGGCUGCCUGGGUUACCAGGAAUGCAAGGAGAGAUCGGACCUGAAGGGAAAGGACUACCUGGACCUAAGGGUGACAGAGGUUUGCCGGGCGUGCCAGGGCCAUCAGGUCCACCUGGGAUUGGACUUUAUGGACCCAAGGGCUCUACGGGGCAGCCUGGUCCAGCAGGCCCACUGGGGCCUCCAGGAGAAGGCAUCCAGGGACCAAAGGGAGAGCCUGGGUUUCAGGGGCCAAUGGGCCCUCGGGGGGCACCAGGGGACGGUCUUCCAGGAGAGAAGGGUGACAGAGGCAUUCCUGGAGACCGGGGAAAGAAAGGAGACAAGGGAGACUAUGGAGAACCUGGAUCUAUUGGAAAGAUGGGGAGACCUGGAGAAAAAGGAGAGCCAGGACUGACAAGAGAAGAGGUCAUCAGGAUUAUACGUGAAAUCUGUGGCUGUGGUCUCAAGUGCAGAGAGAGCCCUCUGGAGCUGGUGUUUGUGAUAGACAGCUCUGAGAGUGUAGGACCAGAAAACUUUGAGCUGGUGAAGGACUUUGUGAACGCUCUUAUCGACCGGGUGUCAGUGAGCAGAGACGCCAGUCGGGUCGGCGUGGUGCUCUACAGCCACGUGGACAUGGUGGUUGUCAGUCUGCAGCAGCAGCACAGCCAGGAUUACAUCAAGGCCGCCGUGAGGAAGAUGCCGUACCUUGGCGAGGGCACCUUCACAGGCAGUGCCAUCCAUCGAGCUAACCAGCUGUUCCAGGCGUCGCGGCCCGGUGUCAGGAAAGUGGCUGUGGUUUUAACGGACGGGCAGGCCGACCCCCGUGACGUCAUGCCGUUUGAACAGACAGCAACAGAGGCCCACGCUCAGGGGAUCGAGAUGUUUGUAAUAGGCGUCGGGAACAAGACUGACCCUCUGUAUGAAGCGUUCCAGGCUCAGAUGGAUGUGAUCGCCUCUGAUCCUGAUGAAGAGCACGUCUACCUCAUAGAUGACUUCAGGGCACUUCCCACUCUGGAAGGCAGAAUACUGAGUCAGAUUUGUGAGCAGGUCGACACAAUGGCAUAUCUUCCGAACUCUGUCUUUCCACCUGUGGAAAUCCAGCCCGAGUCUCCAGACGGGAGCCGCUCCAAAGAAUUCCCAGAUGAGGAAAACAUACAAGUUGAGCUCCCAGUGGAGACACUAACAGUCCCGACUCCACAGUCCCACGAGUUAGGUCCUGCCGACAAGAACCUGGUUGACACCAAACUGUUGGUGGAGCCCUGGAACGAGCUGCCGGACAUCACAUUUGCCUCCCCUGGUGGCAGGGGGCCACAGGGCCCCGGGUUGACCUCUGUGAUGGGUCCUCACACUCCGAUCGACUGGCUGUAUGAGGCUGAGAGCACUCAGGCUCCUGUCAGCCCUCCCCCUCCCCCCCUGACAGACUCAUCACUGCCAGACGAGGGGUGCCGUCAGCCUCUGGACCCAGGUCCCUGUCGACAGUACGUGGUCAGGUGGUACUACGACCCCGAGGCCAACGCUUGCGCCCAAUUCUGGUACGGAGGCUGUCAGGGCAACACAAACAACUUUGAGUCAGAAGCCAGCUGCCGGAAUUCCUGCGUCUACACGUAACAAACUGUGUUUGGAGACGAGGGCGUGUGCAAAGCUAACAUGCUCCAUCACUGUCACCGAGGAACAGAGCGGACUGAUGAUGCAGGUUAGCAGCUGCUGCUGCGGCCACACACACACACUGUGGACUGCUGCGGGUGAAGGACACGAUGGAGAGCAGACUUGGACCUCCUCACUGUCUCUCAGGCUACGUUCACACUGCAGGUGCUCCUGCUCAAUUUUUAACUGCUGCACAUGUACAAGCUGUCGGGUUAUCUUGGACAACUACUUCUAUCUGCUCUGGGAUUCAUAUCUGAAUAUAUAACUAAUAACCAAUACAAGCUGACAGGAGCAUCGGAAAGACUGGUUCAACAUCUCAUCCCAAAUCAUUUCAUUUUCACUUUAGUUGACCUCCAGGCUAACACUCGAUAUAAUAAUUCCUCUCUAAGCAGGUAUCACACAGUGACUUCAGCUUAGUCUGUUGGGGUUUUACAAUACAUCCGAGAGCAAGUUCUUAAUCGCAAGUCACCACAUUCACAUUCUUCAGUACCAUGCUAUUAUAUGACAUGAGACAAGCCAAAAAGGGGAUUACACAAUAAACUCUAAUCACACAACUCGAAUAAAAAAGCUGCAGAAAAUGAUCCAAAUAUCAAAGUAAUACUAAGGCCGUAAAUACAUGUGGGAAUGAUUAAACGUUCACAGAGUACAGAGUGGACAACACAUAAACAGAAAAUUGUACAUUUUGAUGCGCUUUUUUUCUCAUUAUUAACAGACCUAUGAAUAUAUGAUACAAGACUGACGAAAAUAUUUUUACACCUGAUGUGGACUAUUCGAGCAAAAUAUCAGAUUUAGAAUCAGUCGUGAGCUAGUCAGCAGUGUACGCCAUUCAUUAGUGUGGUCAAGUAUCUCAAUCUGUUUUAAACCUCUAAACAAAUGAUUCCUCUGUUUGACAUUUAAUGUAAUAUUCAUUCAAAUUUUUAAAUAAAUAAUUAAUGAUUAUAAUAUAAUUACCACAGAACACCAAAAUGAUUUACUGUUCUGUCACAGCGUCUCAAAUGCUCUUUAUUAGUCAUUUUUUGAGGAAAAUUGACUUCCAGUGAUCUGAUGAUCAACCAUACACGAGAAGACUUUGAAAAGACUUUAAAAACAUUUACGUCUUACACCACCUCACGUCUAAAGACAACAUUAGUGUUUAGUCAAACACUGGGGAUCUUGCAGUGUCACUAUUUACAAGACUUCCUGUCUUGAGAUUAUUUCCCAUCCUGCUCCUGCUGGAAAUUCAACGCCAAACUCCCUUAAAGAAAUAUGACAUAUUAACAAUUCCUAAAGUGUCCGAGUCUUGUUCACUCCACAGCACUACCACUCUUUACAGUCUAGCUGGUUUGCUACUUCCUGUUUGGUGAUGGAGAGCGCAGCCGUUGGUUGUUGACAAUGCUGAUGUCAUUGAAGUUCAGCUUUUGCACCAGCUAAGGCUAAAAACUUAAGAUAAUAUUAAACAUGUUUGAUUUAGGAAUGUUAAGACAAAAAAUAAAAGACUAACCCCGACCGAGUUUUAUGACCGCCUUAUAUCAAAUGAUUGAGAUCACAGGAGCGCACCAACUGAGAGAAGACUCUCAUGAUUUUAAUCCAACAUCAGAAAUUUGCCUGCUACAGUGAAAUCUCUUGAAAAGUCGUUUCAUGUAAGGGUGGCAUCAACUGUGCAGCACUGGUUCCCUGGUUAAGACUUCAAAUCAGAGAUAGCUCACCUGGUGAAACAGGCCCCAGGACACGUCGUGUGUUUUAAUCAUUUACCCGAGUGUAUGUACUAUGCAGCAGGAAAAAGUUAACUGACUUACUGAUUUCAGGGUACUUUUUUCCUAAUGAGUCUCUAUUAGACACAAAAAGCAUGGAAAGAAUAAGGAGUUCUUAAAACAGCAGUCAUACUGUUUUAAUUAACAUUAUUAAAGGCUCUGUACGUGAUAUUCAGAGCAUUAAAAAAGCAGCAAACCACUAUUUGCUAUGUGAAGAUAUUGUGUUGAAAUCCGAGCUUCUCUGUGGUUUGGUGUGGGAAGCUGGUCCAGCUGUGUGUGCAUGUGUGUAUCCCACUGGUUAGCGCACCACCGCAGCUUUGAACUGCGCACAUACAGUGGUGACUGCUGAUAUCAGGACGGAGCCAUCGCAGAGGCGUAGCGCCCACCCUCUGGUUCCCCCCUGGUUAACAUCUUUAGCUCUGUCAGCACUGUUGCUGUUGCUUAGCGCUGUUUAUAAAGUUAGCGCUGCUAGCUGCUAGCUGUCGCCCCUUUAACAGUUUAAUGUCAAAUUAUUUGGACAGACCUUCGUGAUUCAAUCAAAUGCAAAAGGAGACUUGUGUGUUUAAAAUUGGUUGUUGAGAAGAAAACCAGCCAAACAAGAACAAUCAUCCAUAGCUAACGUAACGGCUCAGCUGAUUCUAAAUUUAAAAGCCUCUCUGUUUUCCUUCAUUGUCCGUGAUCCCCGUUGAACCCAUCGUCAUCACUCAGCGCCGUCGGGUUAGCCAAACCGGCUCUACUUCUUCCAUCAUCACACUGACCUCAACAGUGACACAAACUCACAGUCAGCACACUCUGUUCGAUGCAGCUUGGCAGGACUUGCAGUUGUGGACAGACAACACAGUAUAGAUAUUUCCGUUUGUUACUAUGACUACCAACAUAUCAGUUAUUCACAGUUAAGUCUACAUCUGGUCGGUUCAACUGUAUAUUUCAGCAAGAAGUAUGUCAUGACAAUAUUACUAUAUGAAAACAGCACAGAGCAAAACAUGAGAAUUGAGGCACUUUCACCUGCAAUGUGAAUAUAGUUUCUGUAUAUUACUGUUGUAGUUUAUGGAGCCAACAGUGUAUUAAACACUAUGUAUUUUAUUCUAGGGUAA